AUGUUCUCUACCUUUGCUCGUGUUCCGACACGCGUCGCCAGGCUCUCACCUCCGUUGGUCCGCUCACCGCGUUCUCGCUUCACCACCGAAUCUAACACCUCUCCACCACCUUUGUCGAGGGCACGCAAAGUCGCUCGCAUCACCGCCUUGACCUGUUUAUCCACUAUCAUUGGAACUUGUACCCUUGCCGUAGGUAUUUUAGUCCACGAUGCUUUCACCUAUAACAACAAGCACAUCGACCGCGUUCCCAUCAAUCCCCUCGCUUUGAGUCCCGAACGCGGCGGACCCAAGAACCUUCCCGUCGUGAGGUCCCAAGUCGACGAUGAAGAGGACGAAGAGGCAAAGCGAUUAGCCGAAAAACCAAAACUCGUCAUUGUUGGAGGAGGCUGGGGCGCUAUGGGUGUUCUCCAAAACUUGCACCCAGGAGAUUAUCAUAUCACAGUCGUUUCGACAGAAACCUUCACCACGUUUACUCCUCUUCUGCCCUCCGCCAUUGUAGGCACAGUUCAAGUUCGCUCUCUCGUCGAACCUAUUCGUAAAAUUAUCGCUCGUCUCCGCGGCCACUUUGUUUCAGGAAAAGCUGUUGACAUUGUCAUGUCCGAUCGCCUUCUUGAAGUCGAAACAACGUCAACUACCGGCGAAAAGGCUAGUAUUUACGUUCCUUACGACAAACUCGUCAUUGCCGUUGGCUCAUCUUCUAGCACACACGGCGUUCCAGGCUUGGAAAAUUGUUUUCACCUGAAAACCAUUGGAGAUGCUCAGGCCAUUCGCCGCCGUAUUAUGGACAAUUUCGAAGCUGCAAGCUUGCCAACCACCUCAGUUGAAGAAAGAAAGCGCCUGCUUAGUUUCGUAAUAUGCGGAGGGGGACCUACAGGUGUCGAAACGGCUGCGGAAAUUUACGACUUUUGCCAAGAAGAUAUCAUGAAUUAUUUUCCGAAAAUUUGCAGAGAAGAAGUCUCGAUACAUGUUAUACAGUCAAGAGAACAUAUUUUGAAUACUUAUUCGGAAGCCAUUUCUAAAUUUGCCGAAGAAAAAUUUGGCCGUGACAAAGUCGAUCUUGUAACAUCCGCUCGUGUCGCCGCCGUCACCCCCGACCAUGUCAUAUAUACCACCCACUCAGCUGAUGGCAAGGUUGAACAACACUCUAUCCCAACAAACUUCGUUCUAUGGUCUACGGGAAUUGCUAUGAAUCCGUUCACGAAGCGCGUCUCAAGCCUCCUCCCCAAUCAAGCACAUAAGCGAGCCAUCGAGACGGAUGCCCACCUGCGUGUAAAAGGCGCCCCAUUGGGCGAGCUGUACGCAGUGGGAGAUUGUGCGACCAUCGAGACCUCGAUUGUAAGCCACUUUAUGGAUCUCGUCGAGGAAGCGGAUGAGGACAAGAAUGGGAAAAUUGAUUUUGGAGAAUGGCAACACAUGGUCAAGAGGAUUAAAGCACGGAUUCCAAUGGCUGAAGACCACCUGGUCGAGGUCAAGCAACUAUUCCAAAUGUACGACACGGAUGCAGACAACAGCCUCUCCUUGAAUGAACUAGUCAAACUCUUGGAGGAAAUUGGAAACAGAAUCACCUCCCUUCCUGCUACCGCCCAAGUGGCGUCCCAGCAAGGUAAAUACUUGGGGGCGAAAUUGCACAAGCUCGCUCGACAGACUGCUACACUCUCGCCGGACGAGGUGCCUUCUGCAGCCAUCGGAGUCGUUUCUGAUGAAAGCAUCACGGGGCCAUUUCGCUAUCUUCACCUCGGAAGCCUGGCUUACAUUGGAAAUGCGGCUGUGUUCGACUUUGGAAAGUAUUCGUUUAUGGGCGGCCUGAUGGCAAUGUACGCAUGGAGGAGCAUCUACUGGAACGAGCAGGUUAGCGCAAGGACUAGAGCACUUCUGAUGAUUGACUGGAUCAUUCGCGGUAUCUGGGGUCGCGAUUUAUCGCGUCUUUGA